AUUCUGUGGACCCGGAAGCGGAUCGGGUGGAGGGAGCGUGGCGUGGCUGCGCGAUUGACUGCCAAAGACUCAUGUUGGGUGAGGAAGAAGCCUGGAAGCGGGCCAGGAGGAAAGGAAAGGAGUCAGGAAUGGCUCUGGCUCAGGAACGGUUGACAUUCAGGGAUGUGGCCAUAGAAUUCUCUCCAAAGGAGUGGAAAUGCUUAGACUCAACUCAGAGGGCUUUAUACAGGGAUGUGAUGUUAGAGAACUACAGGAACCUCGUCUUCUUGGCAGGAAUUUCUCAUUUUGACCUGAGUAUUAUCUCCAUGUUGGAGCAAGGAAAAGAGCCCUGGACUAUAGAGAGUCAAGUGCAAAUAGCAAGAAAAUCAGAUGGAUGGAAACGAAUCAAACGUGUGAGGACAGAUCUCUCUCCUGAAUUUGUAAUAAAAAAUGUACCACCAAAAGACACGACCAAUGCAGGAGAAGAAGGCCUUGCACUUCACAGGAAAACGCAUACAGGAGAAAAACCUUAUAAAUGUAAUGAGUGUGGCAGGGCCUUCAGUAGAAAUGUAGACCUUCAACGUCACAGGAGAACGCAUACAGGAGAAAAACCUUACAAAUGUAAUGAAUGUGACAAGGCCUUCGCUCAAAAUUCAAAGCUUGUUAGGCAUCAGAGUAUUCACGGUAUAGAGAUACCUUACAAGUGUUAUGAGUGUGGCAAAGCCUUUAGUGUACCUUCAAGACUAACUGUCCAUCAGGCAAUCCAUACUGGAGAGAACCCUAACAAAUGUAAUGAGUGUGGCAAGGUCUUCACGCGACAUGCAGACCUUGCACUUCACAGGAGAACGCAUACUGGAGAAAAACCUUACAAAUGUAAUGAGUGUGGCAAGGCCUUCACUCGAAAUGCAGACCUUACACUUCACAGGAGAAGGCAUACUGGAGAAAAACCUUACAAAUGUAAUGAGUGUGGCAAGGCCUUCGCUGCAACUUCACAGCUUGUAUGUCACAAGAGAAGGCAUACUGGAGAAAAACCUUACAAAUGUUACGAAUGUGGGAAGGUCUUCAGGUAUAAUGGCUCCUUUGCAAUCCACAGAAGAAUUCAUACUGGUGAGAAACCUUAUAAGUGUUAUGAGUGUGGCAAAGCCUUUAGAGCUCAUAAAAUCCUAACUACCCAUCAGCUAAUCCAUACUGGUGGAGAACCUAACAAAUGUAACGAGUGUGGCAAGGUCUUCACUCAACAUUCAAACCUUGCACAUCACAGGAGAAUUCAUACUGGAGAGAAACCUUACAAAUGUAGUGAGUGUGGCAAGGUCUUCUCUCGAAGUAAAUACCUUGCACGUCACAGGAGAAGGCAUACUGGAGAGAGACUUUACAGAUGUAAUGAGUGUGGCAAAGACUUCACUGAAAGUUGGCACCUUGUUAGGCAUCAAAGCAUUCACAAUAGAGAGAAACCGUACAAGUGUUUUGAGUGUGGCAAAGCCUUUCGUCUUCAUUCAAGCCUAACUACCCAUCAGAUGAUCCAUACUGGAGAGAAACCUUACAGAUGUAAUGAGUGUGGUAAGGCCUUCACUCAAAAUUCACAACUUACAUGUCACAGGAGAUGGCAUACUGGAGAAAAACCUUACAGAUGUCAUGAGUGUGGCAAGGCCUUCAUUCGAAGUGGGCACCUUAUACGUCACAGGAGAAGGCAUACUGGAGAAAAACCUUAGAAAUGUAAUGAGUGUGGCAAGGCCUUCACUCAAAAUGGGCACCUUGUUAGGCAUCAAAGUAUUCACAAUAGAGAGAAACCUUACAAGUGUUAAGAGUGUGGCAAAGCCUUUAGUGUACAUUCAAGGCUGUCCAUCAGGUAAUCCAUACUGGAGAGAAACCUUACAAAUGUAAUGAGUGUGGCAAGGCCUUCACUCAAAAUUCACAGCUCGUUGAUCAUCAAAAUAUUCACAGUGGAGAGAAACCUUACAAGUGUAAUGAGGGCAGGAAAGGCUUUAGGGUGCGUUCAUUGCUCAUUGUGCAUCAGGCAGUCCAUACUGUUGGGAAAUAGAGUUCAGAGACAUGGAAAGUUUCAGGAGUUGUGCAAGGCUUUGCCUUGAAGAAAUCUGUUGGCUUAUUAGUUCACAAAUCAGAAGCUGCUUAGCAUUAAGUGGAGAAUUCCACUGAUCAGAGGCAACUACAAUGUGGUGCCUGCAGCUUGUGCAAGGCAGAGCUUGGCAUGGGGCUAAAGGUUAAGAAAUGUGAUCAAGGGAUGUCAACAAAACAAACAACCUGCCACUGGAACUAUCAUAAACUUGAAGGCUAUUCCUGCUUGACUCCUGACCAUAUAGAGAAAUAGAGAAAUAUGUAGGCUCCGUGUUCCUGUUUUAUGUUACUGCUUAAUUAAUGACUUUGUCUUUAACUUGUAUGCUCAGCCAUGUCUUUUCCUUAAUUAGGGCUUAAAAUGCUUAUCUUGAAAAAUUUUUGUGACCAUUUGCUCUUAUGGAUAGAAUUAGGUAAUGGAUCUCUUGAAGCCUUUGGGGAGCCUUAAAACCUAAACGAAUGAUCUGUACACAUAAAUCUAUAACCACUGACAACUAUUUGCUAUACCAAUAAAUACUGGUGCUGGAUUUCACUCGGUGUCCCCUGGCUCACAGGAAUGCUGGAGGAACCCUGAAUUCCCCAUCACUUUAAACUAGA